AGGGAGGAGGGUUCUCAACUCAGUUAUUCUUUCUAGCUUUGGGUGAUUGCCGAAUGAAAUACUAAGCCAGCCCUCGCCUUCCGAAUUAGAAACUUUACGUGAGUUCUGGUACUGUACGUACUUGUGUAUAUCAAAAUGCAGCUCUACAUAUCACCGAGUUUGAGGCACAUAUCAGUGUUUCCGGGGAAAGGUUUUAAAGAGUUUAUCAAAGUGAAGGUUGGAUCAAGGCGGGUUUCAUAUCGAGUGCUGUUCUAUUCGCUUUUGUUCUUUACGUUUAUUCUCCGAUUUGCGUUCGUAUUUACAGCAGUGGACACCAUUGAUAGAGAUCAAAGCAAGUGCUCUUCCAUAGGUUGCCUGGGAAAAAGAUUAAGACCAAGUAUUUUUGGAAGAAGGCUCGACUCAAAUGUCCCAGAAGUGAUAUACCGAAUACUAGAAGAGCCCAUUGGCAAAGAUGAAUUAAAAGGAAGAUCUGAUGUUCCUCAGACUUUGGAAGACUUCAUGGCUGAGAUUAAGAAAACCAAACCAGACGCCAAGACCUUUGCUGUCAAGCUUAGAGAGAUGGUUACCCUUCUUGAACAAAGAACCCGGACAGCCAAAAUUCAAGAAUACUUGUACCGUCAUGUAGCAUCAAGUAGCAUACCCAAACAGCUCCACUGCCUUGCGCUAAAUCUAGCCAACGAGCACUCCACCAAUGCUGCUGCCCGCCUCCAGCUCCCUUCUGCUGAACUCAUCCCUGCCCUCGUUGACUCCUCUUACUUCCACUUUGUCCUUGCCUCCGACAAUGUGCUCGCCACCUCUGUUGUUGCAACAUCACUUGUCCGCAACUCGUUGCACCCCCAGAAGGUUGUCCUGCAUAUAAUCACGGAUAGAAAGACGUACUCUCCCAUGCAGGCAUGGUUCUCAUUGCACCCGUUGUCCCCUGCAAUAAUUGAAGUCAAGGCAUUGCACCAUUUUGAUUGGUUUUCGAAGGGGAAAGUGCCGGUUUUGGAGGCAAUGGAAAAGGAUCAACGUGUGAGAUCGCAAUUUAGAGGCGGGUCAUCGGCCAUUGUGGCAAAUAAUACUGAGAAGCCACAAGUCAUUGCAGCAAAGUUACAAGCAUUGAGUCCUAAAUACAACUCUAUGAUGAAUCACAUUAGAAUACAUCUACCAGAGUUGUUCCCAAGCCUAAACAAGGUGGUUUUUCUGGACGACGACAUUGUGAUCCAAACAGAUCUUUCGCCACUAUGGGACGUUGAUAUGAAUGGAAAAGUGAAUGGAGCAGUGGAAACAUGCAGGGGAGAAGACAAGUUUGUCAUGUCAAAGCAGUUCAGAAGCUAUUUGAACUUCUCCCAUCCUCUGAUAUCGAACAGUUUCAAUCCCAAUGAAUGUGCAUGGGCUUAUGGCAUGAACAUCUUUGAUCUAGAGGCAUGGAGGAAGACAAACAUUAGCCUUGCAUAUCAUUACUGGCUUGAACAGAACUUGAAGUCGGACCUGAGCUUGUGGCAACUUGGGACAUUACCCCCUGGACUAAUAGCUUUCCAUGGUCACGUCCAUAUCAUCGGUCCCUUUUGGCACAUGCUGGGGCUUGGUUACCAGGAAAAUACGAGCCUUGCUGAUGCUGAGAGUGCUGGUGUCAUCCAUUUUAACGGAAGAGCGAAGCCAUGGCUAGAGAUAGCAUUCCCUCAACUCAGGCCAUUGUGGGCUAAGUAUGUGAACUUCACUGAUAAAUUCAUCAAGAGCUGUCAUAUAAGGGCAUCUUCUUAGUCUAGAUUUUUGAGAAGAAGAAUGUUCUGACCAUCUUGAUAAAAACAAUAUCCAUUUGUAUAUGAAGAAGAAAAUGAGUCAGUUCUUUGCAAAUUCAAGGCCUAGAGAACUGAAUGAGCCAUGAUAACACCAUCAGACACAU